UCGCAAGACGACGCGCGCCCGCCUCCGACCCCGCCGGCCUCGCUCAAGCCCCUCGCCGUGCCCCGCAACCCGUCGUCCGAGGAGAGCAGCGGUGGCCAUUCUACCACCGCCGCGCCGCGGGCCUCUCGUGAACGCACGCCCUCGCCUCGCCCGGCGACCUCAACCGACACGCAUGCAACACGCACCGAAUCUCCCGAACCAAUGUCCAAGUCCAUGUCCAUGUCGAGCGCGAGCGUCGCCACACGCACCCCCGCGGACUCUACAGGCCGCAAAUCCGCGAGGGCCGCUGCAGCGCCGAGCAGCCUCACGCCUUCCACGUCCACCGAAGCGGGUGCGACGACGACCAGCAAAAAGGUCGCCUUCAUCUCGCCCCCGCCGACCCCCGGGCCCGACCUCACCCUCGCGGACGCCUCUCCCCAACAACAACCGGACGGCACGGGGCCACUGAAGACCAACGUGUCCCUCUUCCACGCCAAACACACGCACCCGCACGCCAAAGACCGCGAGCGCGACCCGCGUGGCUCGACUUCGUCCUCCAACGGCGCCUCCUCCUCGCGCACCGAGCUCGGUCUCGGCGCAGCCUCCAAAGCGUCCUCCAGCACCGCGCGCCUCCCGCUCUCUGCACCCUCGCCCUUCCCCGACAAGGACAAGGCCUCCGUCAGAUCGGGCACACCCUACUCGCAGAUGACCUACAGCUCGAGCCGGAUCCUGGCCGCAAGCAGCUGGAGCGAGGGCGCGGAGGAAGACCUCGUGAGCAACCUGGGCCCGCGCGAGCGGACGCGGCAGGAGGUGCUCUGGGAGAUCGUGGCAAGCGAAGAACGAUACGUGAUCGAGCUUCAAAAGCUGAAAGACACAUUUAUCGACCCCCUCCUGCACCCCUACUCCGCAUCCUCCCCGCUCACCCCGCUCGGUUCGCCUGGCGCUCAGACCGAAUACGACGACUACAUCGGCACGCCCCAGUCGCACCACACCCAAGCCCGCGUCGACUCCCCGCGGGAGUCCAUUGACCACCUGCCUAUCGCCUCGCGCUUCCUCUCGUCUCCGAGGCCCAGCACUCCCGGCCGGCGAGAGGACAUCAACGGCAAUGGCCACAAUAACACCAACAACAAUAACAGCCACCGGGCACUGGACAACAUCGACGGCGAGAGCCUGGAUUCGGACGAGGAGGACGAGGGCGCGGACCGGAUGGGCAAGGCGUACACCUCCACCGUCGGCCGCGUCCGCGGUGCGACGAGCCCGCCCCCGGGCGGCGGUGGCGGACAAAUGAGCAAGCUCAACCACCCGCGUUCACCGUACGGAACGACCGCGACUAGGACGUCGACGUCUACCCGAGGCGGCAGGGGCGCGGUCCCCUUUCCCUCGCGCUCGCAUCACUCGCUCCCGCCGCCCGCCCGCGCGUACGACCCGCGCGCGUCGUCGCAGUCGCUCGGCCGCCAGUCGUUCGUAGACGAGCCCGCGUCACCGCCACCGCCGCCACCGGGGCGCAAGGCGUCCGCGAGCACCACGAACACGUCUACGUCCAGGGUGCUACGCAAGUUCAAGCGGAGCAGCGCGAGCGGGCCUCCAGAGGUGGUGGGCGUGGCGCCCGGGCAGCUGCCGGAAGACCUGCGGAAGUGCCUGGAGGUGAUCGAGGGUGCGAUCUAUAACGGGCAUGAUAUCUUGAGCAAGAGCUUGAGGAAGCGGUAUGAGGAGCAGUAUCCGCUCGUGCGGUCGUUGGCGGACGUGUUCGUUGCGAACUCGCAUAUAUUACACGGGUACGCGACGUACGUUCUCCACCUGGAGCGCGCCCUCGAACAAAUCGACGACGCGCUUUCUACCGCCGCGGCCUCCAAGAAACCCAAGAAGCAAAACGCGGACGAGUGGCUGCGCGUGUGCGGCCUGCUGCAGAAGCUCGAGCUCGCGGCGGCGGACAAGGGCGAGACCGGGCUCGCGAUCUCGCUCUCCAAGCCGUUCCAGCGGCUGCUCAAGUACCCGCUCCUGUUCCAGAACCUGCUGUUCCACACGGACCCGUCCACGUUCGAGUACGAGAGCACGCUGCAGAUGGUGGCCGAGGUCGAGACGAUCGUGCGCAGCAUCGAGGACGAGAAGGUGCAGAAGGAGGAGCGGGACAAGACCCGCGACGUAUGGGCGCGGAUCGAGGGCCUCGAGAAAGUGAAGCAGCUCGCGCUGCCUAAGCCGAGUCGGUUGCUCGUGGAGGAGCGCCAGAUCUUGGGCGCGGGCGGCCCUCCGCCGUCGUCCUCGCCGCCGGUCUCGAACGGGAAAGUGAAGGGCAAGACGUCGUUCAAGAGGUUGAGCGACGUCCUGCAGGGUGGCGGGUCGAACGCGGUGGGCGGAAAGAAGGAUCUGUGGUUGGUGGUGUUCAACGAUGUGGUGCUGAGGUGCCAGAGGACGGGCACGACGAGCUUGCCGAUCACGGCGACGGUGAACUCGAGGACGAAUUCGAUGCCCGAGUUGCAGGGCAAGACAAAGUAUGCGACGACGGGGAGGAGGCAUUUGCAAGCAAAGCCGAGGAAUCUCUACAAGUUCCUGAAGAUAGAAACGUGGUCCAUUGGGGACGUGGUCCAGCCGCAAGGCGUCGUGGCGAUGGAAGACGUUGCCCGCCAUCACCGGUCGCAACCCCAAAUCUCCGCGCAACCGAGGAUCGUACCGAUGCCGGAAGACGACGAAGACGAAGACGGCGCGAACGAUUCGGACGACUCGGACCGCAAGAGUAAGAUGAGCUUCUCCUACUGGGGCGCGGACAAGGUCACGCUCCAGAAACCCGUGCCCAAGCCGAUGAGGGCGACGGGCUCGUCCUCGCGCGGUGGGCGUGGCGGCAGCGCGGCGCAGACGACGGCCGCGUACGCUCGCGAGUCAUCCGCCAAUGCCAAGUUUGGCACGCGCAUGGUCGCGAACGAUUCCCCUACGACGCGACCCGCAAGCCGGCGCACGACCGCGACGCCCGGCGGUGCCAGGCGCCCGCAACCCUCUGAUGAGGGCCACAGCGCGAAAGCGACGGUCACGACGAGGCCGGCGUGGAACACGGGCGGCUCACGCGCAACGGCGACACCGAUCCCCAAGCGCGCACGCAACAUAUCCCAGACAAGCGCCAGCCGUGCGACGACCACCCCGAAGCAGCUGUCGUCGCCCGCACCAUCCGAGGACUCGGGCGUCGGGCUGUACCGCCAGAUGAUCGCCAAAGACUCCUUCCUCAAAGAAUCCGCCUGAAAAGAGACCUGAAAACGAAAGAACCCAAAAAUUCUGCCCAUUUUGCCCUCCCCCCUGUUUUCUUUUCGGUUAUCCUUAUUAUCAUCACGAGUACACUCACGAUGCUUCACGCUCCUUCAUCCCUCUGGUUUCCUUUCCUCAAUCAACCUAUCUCACUCGCUCACUGUGCCCUUCUCGCUAUCUGGCUCUGCGUGUCUCAAACAUCCGGAACGAUAUCCACUCUCAUUAUUCCCUGCGCGCCGUGCUUCCCAUCUAAUCUCUCUCCCCUCGGCUCGUCCUUAUAUCCC